AUGGUAUUUUCAACUGGAUAUAAUCGUCGUAAAACAGAUAUGCAUAAAAGAUCCUUUAAACCACUUACAUUGACCCGAACUGGAUAUAUCAAACCUAAAUCAACUACAUCGAAAAGUAGUGAUAGAACUGAAAAUAAAACAAAGAUUAAUCACAAAAACAAAAAUGAAAUACCCAAGAAAAAGCUCCAUUGUAUGCAAGAAUCAACCAAAUUUAUUCCUCAGGUUCAAGAAUCGCUAGUGAUUUCCGGAGUACGUGAUCCGAAGAAUCAAUUAAGCUCAUUAGUAAGUAAUGCUAAAAAGAAUAUGGAUUCCUUAAAUGAACGUAACAACAGAAUCAAGAAUGCUAAAAAGCAAUCACGUAGCAGAUAUGGCUGGUAG